CCGAAUAUGUUUUGAUUUUGGAGUGGUAGGUGAGCCUCUAAAGUCGUACUUACUAGCAACAUAUUAUAUAUAGGCAAGGUGGAAACAUAUAAAUCUUCAACCAAACGUUAGCAAUGGCAAGUGUGAGCAAUAGCAGUACUACAACUCUCAAAAAUCCAUUUAUUUCCUCCACUUCUUUAGGUUCCACUCCUAAGCCCUCUCAACUUUUCCUCCAUGGAAUACGUAACCAAACUUUCAAAGUCUCAUGCAAGGUUUCGAACAAUAAUGGUGACCAAAACCAAAAUGUUGUUGAAACAAAUUCUGUUGAUAGGAGAAAUGUGCUUCUUGGUUUAGGAGGUCUCUAUGGUGUUGCUAAUGCUAUACCAUUAGCGGCAUCAGCUACUCCAAUACCACCCCCUGAUCUCCAAACUUGUGUUAGAGCUACCAUAUCUGAUGGUCCAUUAGUACCCUAUACCUGUUGCCCUCCACCUAUGCCAAAUCAAUAUGACACCAUUCCAUAUUACAAGUUCCCUUCCAUGACUAAGCUCCGCAUCCGUCAGCCUGCUCAUGCUGUUGAUGAGGAGUAUAUUGCCAAGUACAAUUUGGCUAUUAGUCGAAUGAGGGAACUUGAUAGCAAAGAACCUUUAAAUCCUCUUGGGUUUAAGCAACAAGCCAAUAUACAUUGUGCUUAUUGUAACGGUGCUUACUUAAUUGAUGGCAAAGUGUUACAAGUUCAUAACUCAUGGCUUUUCUUUCCAUUCCAUAGAUGGUACUUGUACUUCUAUGAGAGAAUAUUGGGAAAACUCAUCGAUGAUCCAACUUUCGCUUUACCAUACUGGAAUUGGGACCAUCCAAAGGGUAUGCGUUUACCUCCCAUGUUCGAUCGUGAAGGGACUUCCCUUUAUGACAAAAGGCGUAAUCCGCAAGUCCGUGACGGUACCGUUAUGGAUCUUGGUUCUUUUGGGGACCAAGUUCAAACAACUCAACUCCAGUUAAUGAGUAAUAACUUAACUCUAAUGUACCGUCAAAUGGUAACUAAUGCUCCAUGUCCCCUGAUGUUCUUUGGUGAGCCCUAUGUUCUCGGGAAUAACGUCGAAGCGCCGGGAACCAUUGAAACCAUCCCUCACAUUCCUGUCCACAUUUGGGCUGGUACAGUGCGAGGUUCAACUUUUCCUAAUGGUGAAAAGUCAUACGGUGAGGAUAUGGGUAAUUUCUAUUCAGCUGGUUUGGACCCAGUUUUCUAUUGCCACCACGGUAAUGUGGACCGUAUGUGGAAUGAAUGGAAGCAAAUCGGAGGGAAAAGAAGGGAUUUGUCACAGAAAGAUUGGUUGAACUCAGAGUUCUUUUUCUACGAUGAAAACAAAAGGCCUUACCGUGUGAAAGUCCGAGACUGUUUGGACAGUAAGAAGAUGGGAUACGAUUACGCACCAAUGCCAACUCCAUGGCGUAACUUCAAACCAAAAACAAAGGCAUCAGUAGGGAAAGCGAAUACGAGUUCACUUCCUCCAGUAAGCCAGGUAUUCCCACUCACGAAGAUGGAUAAACCCAUUUCUUUUUCCAUCAAUAGGCCGGCUUCGUCAAGGACUCAACAGGAGAAAAAUGAACAAGAGGAGAUGCUUACAUUCAAUAACAUAAAAUAUGAUAAUAGAGAGUACAUAAGGUUCGAUGUGUACCUGAAUGUGGACAAUAAUGUGAACGCGGACCAGCUUGACAAGGCAGAGUUCGCGGGGAGCUAUGCUAGCUUGCCACAUGUUCACAAAGUUGGCGGUCCUGAUAAUCAUGAGGCGACUGCUACUUUCAAGCUGGCGAUCACCGAACUGUUGGAGGACAUUGGUUUGGAAGAUGAAGACACUAUUGCGGUGACUCUGGUACCAAAGAAAGGUGGCGAAGGUAUCUGCAUUCAAGGUGUGGUGAUCAAUCUUGUGGAUUGUUAAUUAGUCUCUACUGAAUCUGCUGACACUUUGAUGGAUGAUGUUCUGUUCCUGUUUCCUUGUUCUGUUUUAUUUUUACGCUUUUCCAUGUGACUUUUCAUGUUGAAAUCAGCUUGAUGCUUGAUUUCCUUGGAGUUUCUAUUCAUGAAUAAAUCAUUUACUAUUCUGUUUAAAAAAGAAAA